AUGAGGUUGUUUAACACUAAUAGCACAAGCACUUAUGCAAUUAAUCAAGAUCCACUUCUGCAUCUAGCUUCGUAUCUCAUUACAUUAAACUUCUCUGCAACUCAUAAGAUUUUGCCUCUACCGAGCCGAUCAUCCUACAUAGACUUUAUAUUCCAACAAGUUCCAUUGGUGCAAAAUACUAUCGGGCAUGCCAUAUGCCUUGAUGCAAUUGCAUAUGAUUUUGAAAUGGUGUCUUCGUCCGUACCAUCGUCAUCCACACUCAAUGAUGGUUUGCCCGGCAAACAAAAUUUAUGCAAUGAAAUGUUGUUUAAGGAUUUGACAACUCCCGAGGUUCAAGAGUUCGAGUCCUAUCAAUUUUUGACAUUUUUUACAUGUUCCAUCCUUGGACCAAGGUGCUACGUCAUCCUCAAAUAA